AUGCUCAUGAACAUGCAGACUCGGCAACAAUCCAUCUCCUAUGUGGGAUGCAUUUCUCAGAUGUAUUUUUUCAUGCUUUUUGGUGGUCUUGACAAUUUUCUUCUGGCUGUGAUGGCAUAUGACAGGUAUGUGGCCAUCUGUCAGCCUCUGCACUAUACCACCAUCAUGAGGGAGGGGCUGUGUCUGCUGCUGGUGGCUGGCUCCUGGAAUCUCUCCUGUGGCCAUGCCCUUUUGCACAUCCUCCUCUUGGUCAGACUGUCUUUCUGUGCUGACAAUACCAUCACCCACUACUUCUGUGACCUUGCUGCACUGGUGAAACUGAGCUGUUCAGACACCUUCCUCAAUGAUAUGGUCAUAUUCACUGAGGGAGGAAUGAUUUUCUUUUUGUGUUUUGGUAUUAUUUUGGGCUCUUAUAUUCGUAUAGCGACCAUCAUGCUGAGGGUCCCCUCCACUAAGAGGCUCUCUAAAGCCUUUUCUACCUGUGGCUCCCAUCUCUCUGUGGUGUCUUUAUACUACGGGACAGCUGCAGGUGUUUACUUUUUCUCCUCAUCGUGGGGUUCCAAAGACAUAAUUGCUUCAGUCAUGUAUACAGUAGCUACCCCCAUGCUGAACCCCUUCAUCUACAGCCUGAGGAACAGAGAUAUCAAACAAGCCUUAGAGAUGUGUGUCAAUAGGGUUAAGUUCUUUUAG